UUUGAAGAGCGGAAUCUUUACAUCAAACAUUCAAGCAGCAGAUCCUGAGGCCCCACAAACCAGGAAAAUGAUGAGAAUAAUCUCCCUCGCCUGCAUCGUUGCCUGCGUUUUUGCGGAUUCUUACCCAAAGGCUGGGGGUUACUAUCCCAAGAGCUAUGGAUAUGACUUUGGAUACGGGGAUUACUAUCCCAAGAGUUACGGAAUUGGUCCAUAUGGUAACUUUGGAGGUGUAAAUAGUGGUCUGGUUGGAUUCGGGGGCAUCAACAGUGGACUCGGUGGCGUUGGAGGAUACUAUCCCGGUUUGGUCGGUAUUGGAGGCGGAUCUGCUGCCGCUAGCUCAGCUGCCGCUGGAGGUGCUGCUGCUGCCGCCGCUGCUUCUGCUGCUGCACAAAAUGCUGCUGCUGCCGCUUCUGCCGUCGCUGCAGGAAACGGUGCUGCUGCCUCUGCUGCUGCCACUGCUGGUGGACUGAAUGUUGCUCCAUACUACACCUAUCCUGGAUAUUAUUAUCAGGGACAACAGUUCUACAACUUCCCCGGUUACUACCUGAAUCAAUUUCCAGGAAACUACUACCAGUUCCCCCUAUACAACACCUUCAAUCCUUAUCUUGGUAUUGGAGGAGGAUCUGCCGCUGCUUCUGCUGCCGCCGCUGGUCAGGGUGCCGCCGCCGCCGCCUCCUCUGCUGCCGCCAGUCAGGGAUUCAAUGGAUUCAAUAAUGGCGUCAUUCUUGGAGGAAGAAGACCAAGAAAGGUUUACUGAGAAGAACGUUGUGUUCUUUGACGGCUGUGAUGGUGUUACUUUUUAUGAUUAAUAAAUAUUGAGUCCUUUA